AAAAUGUAUUUUGCGUGGUUUCUUUAUAUUGCUUUGAUUUUGGUAUUCUCCUUAUUUAUAUCUAGGGACUCUACUUUUUAUCCAGAAUAAUAGUGAAAUACUACAUAGACCCAGCUGAGUCUUAUAACUUCGCAAUCAACUCCAUUUGCUUGAGUUUCACUGUCUCCAUGAUUUGCAUAUUAAUGGUGCCAAUCGAUGUGUUUGUGACUUCUCAUCCCAAUGAUGUGAUCUCCACACUUCAUCAACCGAUCAAUAAGUAUUUUAUAAGGGAAGUAUUUAUCUGUAAGAAUGACAUUAAUCCUUUUAGACCUCUAUAUUGGAUUGCUAUUUAUCACCUUUGUUAUCCUACCUUUUAAUUAUUUUUAUUCCGAAGAGAGAGCAUUGAAUUAUGAUAAUGACUUUGACUUGGAUUUAAGUGAAAAACGUCUAUCAUCAAAAAUAAUUAGAUCAGCCAAAUAAACUGUAUAUUUUAUCGGCUUUAUUUGUGUCUUGUUAAUUUCAGGACUGGUUUUCAAUCCAGAAGUCAAUUACAGUACUUCUGAAAAACUAGAAUGGGUUAAGACCAUGUUUGAUGUUGAUCAUCUAGGGGAAUAGGCAAUAUCAUUUUGCAUCUCAAUCAUAUUGACAUUCGGUUUUUGCCUAUGGGUUAUUUAUGGUUCUUAUGGAUUAACUGCAUUGCCAUUUCAAUUGAUUAAAGGAGCCAGGUCCUUGGAAGAAGAAAAGUCAUAGGUAGAUAAUGACUUAGCCAAAUUAAGAGAAAAAUAUAGGGCAAUUCAAGAGAAAUAUCAAAAGAGUUCCUCUAAAAUUUCGAAAGGAGAUCAGAAGGUAAGAUUUAUAUUCUAUUUGUGAGGCCUUAACCAAUUUAAAAAGAAAAGAGAGGUUCCUAAAUUUAAAAAACGAAAAAAUCAUAGAAUUGGAAACAUAAACGAAAUCUUUAUAGACAAUUUUUAAAAUAAUUUCUCCUUUUAGAAUAAUUAUUGGAAUGAUAUGCUUAUGUUUCUCAGUCCUAAUAUUUAGUUCUUUGGCUAUUACUACUUAUGACAAAGUAUUAAUAUGUUUAAAUUUGAUAGAUUACAAAUUCAUCAUGUGGAUUUAAAUGUGGAUAUUUAAUCUAAGAAAAAACGUUCUUGAAUCCAAUCGACACAUUGUAUGUUUACUCAUCUUAUUAUUUUCCACUGGAUUAUUUGUUCUUCUUUAUUUUCACACUUUAUAUCUUUAUUUGCACUCUAUAUGGGAUAAUCAAAUGCGGAAUCAUAUUUUUGAAAGGAUUUGAAAUUAAAAAAGAACAAACUUAACCAUCAUCUUUGUUUAUAGUAGCUGCAAUUUUAAACAUCAGCAUUUUGGUAGUAUGCAAUCAAUUGAUGACUUUAUGUCCUUAAUAUGCGACUUUUGGCAAUCAGCAUUAUUAUGAUAUUCGAACAAGAUAACAAUCCUUAUGCACACUUGAAGCUGUGAGUAAAGUGGAGGCUAAAUUCAUAUGUCAGAUGACUAAUUUAUCCACAUUUUACAAUAAGUAUAUAGAUUCAUAUUUAUUUAUAAUAGAAUUUCUUUAGGAUACCCUAUGUUUGCAGUAAUAUUCUUUUUAGCUAAUGCUUCCUUUUUGGGGUUGUCAUCUUUGAUGAUAUUUAUUUUUAUGUGCAAAAAGAAGGCUAGUUAAAUAGAUGUCAACGAAGAUGACGAAUUAGAUGAUGAGAGUAAAUCAUUAAUUAAUAUAUGA